CUCCGUGAGCACAAGUUUUUCUCUUCUCCAACUUCCCUCUAUCGUCGUCAAGCCUUCACGUGUGCCUUCCAAGAACAUAAAAUGGAAGAAAUUGAUAGGAGCAAUAAUGGAGCACAAUGAGUGUAGUGGGUGCCAAAAAGAUGUUCACUGCCACUGAUGAAGUAUGGGCAGAUUAUUUCAAGGCUCAUCCAAAACAUAAUAACAAAUUACGCUAUGGAACAUUUCAUGAUUAUGAAGACUUGGAAAUCGCAAUAGGUAAUGGUGUUGCUGUUGGAAAAAACUCAAUUGGGUUAAGUGGUACAACUGAUGCAAGGACAUUAGGCGCGGAAGAAGGGAGAGAUGUGCAUAUGGACGACCUUGAUUAUGACUUGGAAAAUGAUGCAUUCAUAAGCCAACCUCAAAGUGACCCACCUUUUCCGUCAGCAUCACUGCUCAUAUCUCCUAAAAGUCAUGAGGUUCCCAUGCAAAAAGUAACACAAACCAAAAGAAAUAGAAGCACAUAUGAAAAAAGUGGCGUCAUGGAAAGGCUAAAUGAAAUAUCUACAAGUUUCAAAGGAAUCUAUAGUCUGCUAGAGAAAAGAGAGAGAGAAUAUACAAUUUGGGAUGCCAUCAAGGAUACCCCGGGCUUAGAUGAGGACACCAAUUUAAAGCGGUUGAGUUGCUUGAUAACAAAGGAAAAAAAGAUGUCUUCUUAAAAAUGUCACCUGAAGAACGGUUAAAUUGGAUACAGCGCAAGAUGAGAGGAUAAAAUGAGAAGAUAUAUUAGGAUGAAUGAAAUGAUUAUGUGAAUUUAUUUUUAAUGUGUUAUGCGACUUUGUUUUGGCUGAAAGUUAAGAGUACUCGUGUUUUAUUACAUUGUUUUUGAGAGCUAUAUUAUUUAAUAAUUUUAUUUUUAAUAU